AUGGCUUCAUCAAAGCAGAUACUUCAUUUUCCUAUAGUAUCAGUCGAGAACUUGCAAAUCACUGACGCUGAGAGAAUUUUCCAUCUGACCCAAAAUCACAACACGGACUGGGUGCAGUUCCAGGCUUCAUCCAGAAUACCGGAUGACUGCAAUAACGUAAUAAGUAUCAUUGAUGAUUCGGUUUCUACAUCUGAUGGGAAGCAUAAGAUUGCUCUGCUACUCCGUCUGCCGAUCCUUCUGGCGUCCGUCAUCGACUCUUCGUCCCCAGAGUCGCCCAGUCAGCACAAUAAUCACUCGAAUUCAGUACCUUUCUCGUCUAAGUGCCGGUUUUUCUUUACGCCAAUUAUCUAUAAGGGGAAAGAACACUGUCUAGAGGGGAUCCCGGAUUUUUCUCUAUGGUAUAGUUACUACUCCAGAAAAGAAAACGCGUCCGUCAACUUUGUGAUCGUGGAAAAGGAGCUAGGACAAUCCUCUCUCGGCAUACCUCAGGUUCUUGCCUUUAUAGGCAUGAUAUAUGCACAGCGUCGGUACGAGAAUAGACAUCAACAUGAUAUUUUCGGUCUCGCGACCGACAAUGAACAGUUCCAUUUCAUCCGAGUCAAUAGCGAGGGCCAGUGGUCUCUGCUAGACAUUAAUUAUGGUCAUACUCAGGAAAUUCUGGAAACUCUUGCCUAUAUCCAUACAAAAGCUUCUAUUUUAUACAACCUUGAAGAGAUAAAUGGAUCUAAAGAGCCCCGUUUAAUCUCCACAACGAAUGAUAACGUUCAUGGUAGCAGUUCUAUGCUCAAAACUUGGUCGGUAUUUCAAGUGGAAGAAUCAAUAUAUGACGAGGAGUCAAAUGAAGAAAGCAAUGAAUCUGAUAAUGAAUAUGACGAGGAUUGA